AUGGUCAAGUUCAGCCUACUCCAUUCUGUUCUGCCUGCGGUGGCCCGAGUGUUGGCGGUGAGCUUGUCGAUCCCCUCGCCAAGAGACCUUUUCGACGACCCGUGCAUCACUUUCCGUUUACCCCCUCGGUCUGUCAAUGCGACGUACCUUAACGAAGCCUCGGUUGAGUGGCCUUGGACUCAACCAGCCUUCGGGUUUGGGUAUGGAAAAUGGGCUCUCGCGUGGACGAGUAUAGAAGAGUACUGGGACUGGUCCAACAUGCAGAAUGAAUGGUACCCAAUCAACAGCACAGUCAGCGGCCACCAGGUCUCGGAUAUCAGACCGACCGUCAUCGCCGACAUCAACUCGUUCCAGCUAGGAAGAAACGACACUGUGAUUAGAACGCUGGCACUCGACGUGCCGCUGGCGGGGGAGACGUAUGCAUGGAACUUCACGAUCCCCGCCCUCGAGGCGCACGACAACACGGCUUGGACGGGAUGGGGAUACGACUUCCACGCCCAGGGGGCCCCCUACUUUGUGAGCUACGACGCCACGACCACCGGCAUCAAGAACGUGUCGUAUGGUGUCUCCAUUUAUAGCGCACGCGAGGGGGGGCCUACCAAAGAGACCGUGGACGAGGCCGCCGCAUGUUACGACCGCCUUGGCAGCAAGACCUUUGCCGCCUUGUUCCGCUCGAUGCGUCGCACGCCCACGGACGGCCGUCGAACCCAUGAGCUGUCAUGGCAUGACGCCGACACGGCCUUGUCGGUCGCUAUCGGCACAAGGCCGAAUCAGAGUGUUCUUGGGCGGAGGGGGGCUGUCUUGACAGGAUGA